ACUUCCCCGGUCCCUCAUUCCUACCCGCAAUGCACCCCGCACUCCUCGUUGACGAGAUCUUGCGCCAAAUCAUCGAAUUUUGCUACAGCAGCGCGGAAAGGAAGGCCGAUGCCACUCGGACGCUGGCUAGGUUAGCCAGGACGUGCAGAGCCUGGCGGGACCCUGCUCUGGACAGACUGUGGUGGAGACUGGACUGUGUAGCUCCGUUGCUGGCUCUUACGAGGUUAGCGAGAGAUCAGUUGUUCGAAGAGCAUCUCCUGCAAUACGGCCGUCGCGUCAAGCACUUAACUCUGGCACGACUCGGCAGCCAACUCACGUCGGAUCUCGGCAAUUUCCUUUUCACUACAGCGGAGACGAGCCUGGGUCAGAACCUUCUUCCCAAUCUUGGGAACCUGACAAUUCAUAAAGACGCCUGGUCAUACACCAGCAAGCUUAUGCCGUUCAUAAUUUCACGAGCUCUCCACACCAUAGACCUACAUACGUCGUCCCAAGCCUCCCUUUCGGUUUUCCAUGACUUUGUAGAGACUAUCAGACGCGUCUCGUCUCCCAUAGACACGGCUGUCCUUCGAGGGCCGUUCAACUCCGAAAUACAGAGCCUACUCACAAGCUUGUCCAGCAUCCGGAUAUACCACUCGAAGCGCAAUCAAUCGCUUCGCGCUUCUGAGAUCUUCGCACUAUCGAGACUCCCUCUCCUCGCCGAACUUCACAUAGAUGGAUGUUCCCUAAACGUAGACGAAGUCAUGGCCUGCAUAGAAGCUCAGCCCAUCCACGCACCUAGCUUCCCUGCACUAGAAUCAUUACACCUUUCCGCGCCUUCCGCACUCAUAGAGCAUAUACUAGAGGCUUCUUCCUCCUCCACCCUUCGCACGGUUUAUCUCGAUAUCCAAGACCGUGCCUUGACGACGGCACCAUGGCGGACCAUUUUCAGUAUCUUGGGCAAGAAGGCAGCUGGGACCCUCCAGAAUCUUACAGCAACCCAUUUCGUUGAUGCCGACGAAUCCGACCUUGCUGCAGGUCCCGUACCAGUGGAAAUGACAUUCACAGUCAACGAUCUCCGGGACCUCCGGACGGUGAAGUCGCUACGGAGCUUUACGCUCCAAUCAUCGUUUCCUACGGACCUCUGCGAUGAUGACAUGGACGCUAUAGCGCAAUGGUGGCCAAAUAUCGAGCACCUUGCUGUCGAAACUGGUCACAUCGCUAUGGAAGGUCAUUCGGCAUCUCAUCGCGAAUGCAAGCAUCCGAGCCUCACCCUCGGUUGCCUUACCUCCUGGGCGCGAUCUUGCCCUCAGCUCGAUUACCUCGUCCUGCCCCGUAUGGAUGUCGGUGUGGGUUGCCCCAAUCCAACACAACCAUUCGCGCCGCAUAACGCGCUGCGCUCACUUUCGAUCGCUAUAGACGAGGCUAUGAACGAGACGGAGCAAGCUGCCGAGUACCUCCACGCGCUCUUCCCUUGCCUGGCGGCGCUUGGCGCGGUUGAUGAUGAUGCCAAGUGGGAGGGGAUGCGCCGUGCCCUUCAGCGCCGGUCGCCCGCAACUACUUUUGUACCUCUCUGACACACCAGGCGUGCGUUCAUAACAUAGAUCUAGAUUUAGGUGUUCGUUUAUUCCUCCGACACGAUCCUUGUCCAUAUAUAUAUAGACGGGGGUACAGAUAUACGCUUAUUGAUUACCGGUACAGAUAGGAUUU